AUGCUGGGGGGCUGCAUCUGCCACAGUCGUAAGACCAAUUCGCAGAAGCCUAACGACGAGCUUCUGGCGACCUUCAGGGCCGCAUUUCCCCAUGUCGCGCAGACAACUCGCCCAAUUCCUGACGCCCCAAAUAACUGUCUACAAAUGCUGUAUACAAAUACUGAUAUUCCGCGUCUAUGUAGCAAUUUUCCCGAUCAUGAAGACAUCAAGGACCAGGACCCCACACCCCGAGCGUCCAACGAGCCAUGGCGCUUCACUCCGUCGCUGCUCGACCCCAACAGCUUCGCAUUUGCGUCCUUCGCAAACCAGCCUCCUGGCUACUACACGCCCACUCCUGGCGGCACUAACACGCUGUAUCAUAGCCAGGCUGGUGACCUCCACACCCCGGGCUUCAGUUUCGGCCUGGGCACGCCUCUGUCACUUCCAAAUUCAGAGCCUAGCAGCACCCUCCACGCUCCAGCUACGCAAACCAUGCAUGGAUUUCACCCUCACAUUCUCAGCUCACAUCAAUUCCAAAACCCCAACCCUUUCGCGCUCCAGCAACCGCAACACGGCGCAUACGCACCUCAUCAGUUCUCGCACCAUCACUCGGCCUUUGAUUCGAUGGGCCAAUCUCACGACGAUCCAUCUAUGGAUAACGUGGCACCAGACGUAGAGAUGCAUGAAUCACCCGUCAUGUCCUUUCCGACCUCGACUUUCAGCGAGAAUAUUCGCCCGGCUGUGACCCAGCAACCACAAGAGAAUUUCCGCUAUCACGUUACUCUCAAUGCACCUACUGCCAUGAUCAAGAGUUCGGAUGAAAUUCCGGUGACCUACCUUAACAAAGGUCAGGCGUACUCGGUGUCAGUAGUGGACACGGCGCCAGUGCAUGCGUCGGCCACACCGAUCAAGUAUAGAACGUUUAUCCGUAUCUCCUUCGAAGAUGAGCAGCAGCGACAGCGCCCAGCGGCUUGCUGGCAACUUUGGAAGGAAGGUAGAGGAACUACCGAAGCCCAUCAACGACAGGGCCGUCUCCAAGCCGUAGAGUUCGUCGAUCCCAGCCAAAUUAGUGGAGUUGAUGCACAUAGUCGUCCAAGAUUUGAAUUGGAGUCAGCUUCAUUCGAUGGAUUCGCAGUCACUUGGACGCCCCUCCCGAACUCCUCGCCCGAAUGCUCCAUUGCCAUGCGAUUCAACUUUCUUUCGACGGAUUUCAGCCACUCCAAGGGUGUCAAGGGCAUACCAGUGCGGCUCUGCGCCAAAACCGAGCUUCUGAACAGUCUGCCGGGAUCUCCUCCCGAGGCAUCACAGCCGGAGUUGUGCUAUUGCAAAGUCAAGCUUUUCCGCGAUCAUGGGGCUGAGCGAAAGCUCUCCAACGAUGUUGCGCAUGUCAAGAAGACUAUUGAUAAGCUCAAGCAGCAGAUUGCGCAGGCAGAAACCGGCAUGAGAGACUUUGGUAAAAGGAAGCGCAGUGGCUCGAUCUCGAAGGCAAGCGGGCCUCAAAGGCCAGGCAAGGUUCCCAAACACAAGAGGACGUGGUCGAUGUCGUCCGCAAGCUCAACGGGCAACCGAGCCCCCGCCGAGGAGGACCUGCACUCGAAAUUGGCUACACUUCAGGACAUGUUCAGCUCAACGAGACCCGCAAGCGUCAUGUACCUCAGAGGGGAGGAACUGGACGAUCCCGACGUACAUCCGGUUGCACUCGUGGGGGAACCUCAGGAUCUCACAAAGAUUGACACCACUGUCGACACUACCAUGUGGGAGAGGCAAAGCACGAACACAGCCAACACCUCAUCAAUAGUAUCUCCGACACCCAGCUCGCUAUCUAUCGGCUCUGGAGAGCGAAGAAGCUCCGCUUUCCAACAACCGACGCCUUUCAACCCACCGUCCAGGAUAUCAUCGAACGAGUGGCGAAGCAUGCCCCAGACCGCAACAGGAGACCUUCAAGCCAUUGCUGGCCCACAAACCAUUAGCGCACCUGAUAUUCCUGUGAAAGUACAAAAGGCGCAGGGCGACGAUCAUACUCUUUCGGGAUGGAUUGAAGCCUUGGGCGUCGAUUACUCUUAUCAGCCGCCACCAGAGCGGCUCCUCAAGCCUCAGGGAUGUUUGUAUGUACAGCCAAGAAUAGCUGGAAAAGCGCCCGAGGACAACUAUUUCAGGGCUGUAUACCUCAUGCAGCGGACGCUCAAGGACCUCGUGUCAGGGAUCGCCGCUAAGAUCGACAUCGAGCCUACCAAGGUCAUCCGGACCGUGCGAAUCACCCAGAAAGGGCUCCAGAUACUCUUCGAUGACGAAGCCGUGCGCGAACUCCCAGAAGGCCAAGAUAUGACUGCCGAAUUUACAGAAAUCACACCACAAUCACCGACAAAACGAGAAUGGGAUGCCGGACCCACUGAUAUCCAAGUGGAUGGCGACGUGGGCGCGAUUGAGAACGUCAACUCUGCAGGCUAUGAGCUCAGACUUCUCUACUAG